UCGUGUGGAGGUAGAGAUGGUAGAGAUACAUACUGAUGAUGCUGAUUGGAACAUCUGAAACUUCUAUGCAUACGAUUGGCUAUCAAUUGGCGUGUUUGUGAGAGAGAAAAUCUACUUGUUAGAACUUAAAUUUGCUGUGGAAAAAAUAAGUGCACAGAAGUGAUUCAGGGAUCUGGAUAAUUUGAAACAUGUUCUAUUCCUAUGAACUGCUAUGCCGCAAGCCAAAUGGAAGAUUCACAGUUAUUUGGCUGUUGGCAAAUUCUAGGAAGGUGGCUAGUAGAGAAAUCAUGAAGAUUUCUAUUCCUGAUAUUGUGAACGAUGUUCAAGAUUUCAUUGUCAGAAAAUAUCCUGACCAUCUGCCUGAAAGUUAUGGCAAUCGAUUCUCCCUUUAUCUCUCAACGAAACUGUGCUAUGGUAUUGUGCUUGCCCUUAGAAUUCAACUCAGUAUUUUCACAAAUGAACUCAGCAUGUUAUCGCUAUACAUGACACCCAGGGACUCUGAAGGGUCUAGGCGAGGAAGACAUGAUGUGAGGGCAGGACCUGAUGGAGAACCACACAUUAAAAGACAAAGAAUGCCUGAGCCACCUAGCCAAGUGGAAAUUGACCCAGCUACUGCAAAUGCAGUUUUGGAGGAUCUUGGCAUUGAUCUUCUGGACCACUUGGAGGUGAAUGGUGCUGCUGUGAGAGUUCCAGAAGAGCGUAUCACACUGAGGGAUGAAGUGGAACCUGAUCAACUACUUAGGAUGGAGAGUCAGGGUUUUGGUGAAAUAUCUGCAGCUGAUUUAGAGAGAUAUGUGCAGCCACAGGAUAGGAGACAUCAGAAAAGAAAAGUGCCUUUCCAAGAUGUACAAACACGUAUAUCAACAGAAGACAUGAAAGCACAAACACAGUCGUGGGGAUACACCAUGAGGGUUCAGAAUGCAACUGAAGAUCGUCUCAAUAUUGACCAACACCGCUUCAUCAUUCCUGCAAAGAUGUUGCUUGGAACAUUGAGAAACCAACUUCUUCCUGAUGAACUGAAGAACUUGUUUGAAAGACAUACGCACCCUCAUGAAAUGCCUGACGAGUCUCUGGAGGAAGAGUCUUGCAUUCAGCAACCUGGAACUUCUAGCAGUUCGGCACUUUCAUUGAGUGCAGAAGGGUUCCUUCUUUCCUACACAGGACUUGGUGUACGGCCAGAGAAAUCCCCAGUUCCUGCAUAUGUCCUGGAAACUAUAACAGAAGGAGCAGAAAUUGAAGCUGAAGUUGAACAGGUACCACAUGAUGUCAUUGCAACAGAGCUUCGACUAGAAGAGGGGCCACUAGAGCAGCCUGUGCCUGAAGACACCUCUACAGUCCAGUCACAUGAAAAACCUGAUAUUCAAUAUGUUACUCAUGUACAGGAGAUGAGUAACCUUAAGAGGUCUGAACAGCAGCUUGAACUGGAUGUAAAAACGAUGAUUCAGAAACUACAGCCUCUGUGGGAUGAAGGGGUUCAGGUCACGUUUAGCCUUAUCUGUCCACCAGGCUCUACUGAUCGGAUCACAGCAAUGAUAACUUUCGAACUUUUACUUUAUAUGCAUCAUCAAAAUGUGGUGCUUCUCAGACAGAAUCUGCAGAUCUGCCCUCCAGUAAUUCCACGUGAACCAGUUAUAAUCCAUUCUGUACAUUGAAGUGUACAUUUUCCAUUACUCAGACCUUCCCAUGCAAGUGUAGUUGUUACCUAGGGUAUAUAAUCAUAGCUUGGUAACUACUAUAUGUUUGUAAUUUCACUCAGUGGAAUAGUUAUCAGACAAAAAUAUGUAAUAAUUUAUAAAACUAAUUCAUGUUAAAAUUAAUAUCACUUUUUAGCUUAAGUAGUAUUCGGCUGAAUGAAUACUGUAACAAAUAUUCUAUUUACUAUAAAUUAAUACUAUUUUACAGUAAUACUAGAAUGUAAAAUUAAAUAUAAUUAUUUUGUACUGACAUGUCUGGGGGUGAGACUUAAGAGCUGAUAUCUAGCCAUGUAUUAAAUCACCCUGUACACUCCCCAGAUGGAACACAAAUUAGUUUUUUAUACUGUUCAGUUCCUGUAUUUAAACAUGCCUCUGUCUAUGGGGACAGAUUAGAAGGUACAUGCACACAGUCCUGUUCUGAAGGGUAAGGCAUAGUAACAUGGCGGUCACUUCACAAGUGCACAGCUAUCAAGAGAGGAUUAUAAGUAGAGGCUACUGCUGUAGAUAAUGAGUGGUGGUAAUCUGAACAUGACACUUCUUGGUAACAUGGUAUUGCAGGGAAGCUUACAUAGUUACCUGGUUUAUGUGUGCAGAAUAUGUUAAUGGCUUAACCCUUCAAUGCACACAGCAUGCCAGCCUUCCUUUAUAUAUCACUGACCAACAUAUGUAGCUUCCCUGAUACCACAGGAAAAU